AGCUGAGAAAAUCAAUAGAAGGAGGCGAAGUGUUGUGUGUAUGAUAAGAAGUUUUUGUUGUUCUAACAUGGGAACAACUGAGCCCUAAACAAUUCGUUCAAAUAAAGAGAUGACAUUUAAGUUUAUUUGUUGUUAUGCUUCAAUUUUAGUGUUAUUAGCUCUACCACAUCAAUCGUUUUUAUCUUCCAACCCUAAUUCUUUUUAUUCGGCGAGUGAAGAUGUGCGAUACCUCGUUGAAAACAUUCCGGUCCAAAUGCCGAAGGAAUUUACCGGAGGCCCGGAUUUCAAACUUCAAAGUGUUAUGGAUGAGUCCCUUUAUGGUUCGAAAGUAAAUUUAAAAUUUUACCCUCCGAUACUGGAUUUCAAAGAAAGAUUUUUGGGUAUACCGCAUCAUGAAAAGGUUACUAUAGUCAAUACAAGCUUCAACAAAACUGUACAUCUCUCAUCGAUUUCAGGCAACACAAUUCAUUUUCACAGUUCCUUUUUCCAAGAUAAAUUGAUCCCUCCUCUUGGCAACACAUCAUUUAAUAUUGUUUUUUUGGGCCGAGGGGAGGGAGAAAUAGAGAGUAACUUGUACAUUCACACUUCAGAAGGAAGCUUUAAAUAUUUGGUUAAAGGUGAAGGUGUUGUCAGUCCUUAUCGUCUAAGGCCGAUUUCUGGGGUUCGGCUACCUUUGAAUGCAUCUUACUCACCCCUUAUUGUUAUGCACAACCCAUAUGCUUCAUCCUUACAGUUGGUAGAAGUUUACUCGAGUGGAGGGGAUUUCCAUCUAGAGCUUCCUUCUGGAGAACUGGAAGGGCCAAAACAGAUUUGGAACAUUCCAGCAUUUUUGACCAAGCCAAUUAUUAGGCUUAAGUUCCAUGCUACUAGUCAAAAAAAUUAUACAGCUUAUAUAAGGCUGAAAGUAGAUAACAGUGAUGAAACGUUAGUUAUACCAGUAGAUGUUGAAGUAGGCCCUACCUGCGGUUUGUAUUCUUCUGAUAAUCUAAUUGACUUUGGAAUCGGAGGCACUGAAGAUCCUCCAAAACAAGUUAAAUUGUUCCUCAGAAAUUCAUGGAGGAAACCAAUACGAGUUCAAAAUGUUGUUGCAAUCCCUUCUUCAAAAGCAUUGAGUAUUGACUUCCAGCCGGUCAAAAUUCCUCCGGACACAAAUAUUCCAACACAAGCAGCUGUUUUAACUUUUGACUGGAAAGCAGCGCACGAAACUGGCCAUUCUAGCGGCAGAGUUAUUGUUAAAAGCGCUCAAAAUGGCCAGAAAUUUGUGAUGACUUAUUCUGCUACAGUGUUAGAUGGUGGCCUUCAUUUUAACGGGAGUCAAACAAAGUUUCAGUCUGACAGUGAAGACAUAUAUUGGAGACCGAUAACGUUAACUAAUAAUUACAAAAUCCCAGUGGCAAUUACAAAUGCAUCAUUAGCCGAUGCUGUUCAACCUUUUUUCGAGAUUUCAGAUUUUUCUCCCACUGUUAUAUACCCAGGGCAGACAGAAAAUAUCCUUUUUCUAAAUGUCAAAGAUGGAAGACUUCCUCAUAGGCUUAAAUUGGAAUCAACACUGACUAUUUUCAGCAACGUUUCGAUACUCCCUAUACCUAUAUUGUGUUACGAUGGGAAGUUAAUAAAGGUUUUGCCAUCUGAUGUAAAUGAUACAGAAUUGUAUUUAGGAACUGUAGGAAGUGGGAGUACACAAAUUGUUAAUUUUGCUUUAAUAAACGAAAAUCCAGUUGCUGUUCAAGUCAAAUCUUUAUUUAUAAACAUUGCCAAAAGUUCUGUGAGAGUCGUAGCAGUUGAAAAGGGAAACUACUCAGUAGCGACUCUUGCCAUUUCAUCAGACGAUUAUAAUAUGACAUUAAAUGAACCGUACGUUGGACCAGGAUAUUUUUGCGUUAUUCAAGUUUUGAUACCUGUAAGCCAAGAGACCGGCCGAUUACAGGGUGACGUUACCAUUGAAACUGAAUAUGAAACAAUAGUGAUUCCUUUGUACAUGAGGAUUGAACAUGGUAGCCUUAGCAUCAUCACAAAUCCAGUAGAGUUUCUUGAUUGCUUUCCGAGUGCAGUGUGUGCUGCAGAAGUAAGAGCAGAGUCAAACUUUUCUGUUGGAAUGGCGAUAACCAGCGUUGCUAGUAUCCCACACCAUCCGAGGCUUGGGUUCAUUCCAGUUUCUCCUCCUUUGAUUCCACCACAGACAAACACUUUUCUCGGUCAUAUAACAUGGGAUAUGUCUGGAGUCGAAUCAUAUCUUUCCCCUCAUUCUCCACUUCCAGGUACCCAGAGGUGGUUAGACACGUUAACGUUACCUAGUCACAUUCGUGAAAUUGAUAUAAGCCUAUUAACCAAACAUUAUGAACAGUAUCAAAAUAUAUCUUCAGACCGCAUUGAACUCUCUUUGCGCUUGGAUACCACAGAAGUUCGUAAUUUAGGAUUUAAAGCAAUAAUUCGACCUGCUUGGCCUUCUGUGAUUCCAAUACCAACUAGAACUAUUAAUUUUCCAUUGACCCAAGUAGAAACUAUUUCUUACAAGCAAUUGACCAUAAUCAAUCCAGCAUCAAAACAACCAGUUGUGAUACAACUUCUGCUUGAUUCAAAUUAUCCCUUGGCACAAGGCGUCCUUAACGAUCUUCCUCUCAGUUUAAGGCCUUCCAUUAAUAUGAGCUAUGGUUCAGUUCUGAAUGAAAUGAAAGAUGUGUUUCAUGUAGUAAUAAAUGAUGAUUUACCAAUUCCUCCUGGAACUCAGCCUCAUAAAAAGUCAGUGGCUUUUAUAUUGAAACCAUUGGCAAAUGCGACGGUGACUAUCGCUUUUAAACCUGAACAUGCUGAUUUAAGCACAUCUAUUCUACUUAUUAGGAAUAACUUAACGAUUCUGGAAGCAGUACAGUUGAUUGGUACCGGAGCGUACGCUCAAUUGAAGCUUGGUAAUCGAAAGCCUGGCAGUUCCAUGCCAUUGUUCUUCGAAUUGUUAGAAAAACAUGCUGUCGAAUGCGAUCGAUCGCAAGGGAGUAAGUCGGUGGGUUCACCAAAUUUAACAGUAAAGCGAUCCUUUACUGCUAGAAAUACUGGUGCUUUGCCAUUGUUUAUACACGUAUUUGCUAUUAAUGGUCAAUAUUGCCAAGGGUUUGGCUUCAAGGUCCUGAAUUGUCAGCCGUAUUUAAUACCACCAAAUUCUUCUAAAAAGAUCGAUAUAGCUUUUACUCCAGAUUUUACCUUGUCAAAAGUCACCAGGACACUGACAAUAUUGACUCCUGAUUUGGCGGCAAAUUACACACUAAUCGCCACUGUCCCUCCAUUUCUUCUUGCCGCAUGUUCGGCUGGUAUUGAGAGGCCAUCAUGGGAACCAUUAUUGUACUACGUCAUUGUCUCAUUGAUGCUGGUAUUAUUGAUAUCCGUAAUGGCAGCUGCAAUUUUUGAGUCAAAUAGAAUUUUAAGAAAUACUAUAAUUGCAUUAUCAAGAGUACAAACUGUGCAACCUGUUUUAGAUUUAAGGAUGGUUGGUGCUGAAGUCAAUUGCAGCCAAGACGAGCCACCGCAAGAUGUUUCAACUGAGUCACCAACUAAGUUAAUUUGGAACCCUAAUAUGAAUAUAGAUCUUGAGGUCCCAAAUGAAAUUCAAAAUUCAGUUGAAAACAAUGCUCUCUGUACAAAUAAUUUGAACGGGAAACCGCCUCAAAAUUAUCCUACUACUUCGAACAACAAUAACAACACGAACAAUGCCAAUUGCAACAAUAAUGUUCCAAAGAAAAAGACGGAGAAACCAGUGUCAAAACGUACAACUGACAGCGUUGAAGUAUCUGGAGAAAAAUCAGAGUGGGAAAGUUCAUUUUCAAGACAAACAACUAGUCCUGCACAAAAGCAUACUAAGUCAUCUGGUAUUUGCAUUACAACUGAGCCUUAUACACCACUAGCGAAUUUAAAGCCGAGAGAAACGAAUUCUAAGUCAGAAAAUAUGGUCAAAUCAAAGAGUGAGCCAAUUCAACGAAAUACAGAAACGCAGCAAAAGAAAAAGAAAAAGACUGAUGACGCUCGAAAGAGAACGACUGAGAACAAUGCUAAUCAAAGUUCCAACAGUACCACCAGUAGCAGCAACAGUAAUCAUAGUAGCAGUGGAAACAAUAGUAAUAGCAACAAUACAACUAAUGAAGAUGGAGAUUCUUCAACAACAGAAUCAUCCUCAAAUGAUGACGGCGAUAAGGAUGUGGAAAGUAUGUUUUUUAGAUCCGUCCGAAAUCAUUUACAAAACAAGGUUGGGAAAGGGAGACAUAUCAGAUUUCAAGAGACAUCUCCACUCACUGUCAAAGCGAAAAAGACAUUAGAAAAAUGUUCCAGCAGUUCGAUUGAAAAUUACUGUGAAGCCGAAGAAGACGACAUGUUGGAUAAAGUGACAGUGGUCAAAGGAAACAGAAGACCCCAUACAUCCGCUGCCAAACCGUUGAAAAAACAAGUCAGCAAUGCCGGCAAAUCCAGGCAUGACCAGUUACCGCCCAAAGUUAAACAAAACGGCAUGGAAAGAGGAAAAAUCGGCUCACGAAGGGAUAAAAACCACAUAUCAAAGAAACGCGUUGAAAAAUUUGAUAAACAUGCACCUUUAACAAAAGUUACUCCUGUCGAAGCACUUGCACCUCCACCACCGCCCCCUCCAGUAUGGACUACAUCUUUUAGUGAUGUCGUCGCCCGAUCAGAUUCAUCAUAUUCAAGCGUAGUUGCAUUAAAAAACAAUGAACAACAUUCAGUACCUAAACAGCCACCUAUGAAUUUAUCACCAGUCGACAAUGGUUUUACCUACACUCAAAAAGAUUUUCCGUCAGAAUGGAAAAACGAAUAUCCAGAGAUUGAUCAAAUUAAACAGAAUUGCAGUGCAAAUCAUCAGUUGAAUGAUAACUUUACAGGUGCUGUUGGCACAAAGCUCGCUAUUAAUUCAGUCUGGGAUAAUUGGUCCACUUUAGCUGAUUCUAUACAGUCGCAGAAUACGAUGCAACAGUCAGUAAACAGUCUUUUUACUCACAGCCAGCCUCGAAUGACAUCAAACAAUUAUGAAACUCUUUGGAAUGACCCUAAUGUUAUGAAAGUACUUCAUGAUCAGCAAGGAAUGGAAUACGAAGCACAACAAACAUUUACAAACAAUGAGAUAAACUGGCCGUCUAUGCCUUCACUGUGGGAACCAUUGUACACGCCAUCUUCAACAAUUGAAAGCCUGCCACCUGUUUGGGGUUCUGAUGUUUGGGGGCCGCCUACAUCCCCAAGUCCUUCACCUCCUGAUGAAAAUAUAAAUCCGCAUCCAAUGGAGUACCAUCCGUUUCGUUCUUUGAGCAAUAUUUGGGGUCAACAUUCAGCCAACAUUUGGAAACCACCAACAACAGAAUGAUUCAUUAUAGACCCGAUUGUCGUAUUCAAGUCAAUGACAUCCUACAACCUUGUGCAAUCUACCUAAAUUAAAUUGGCAAUGCACUUAAAUAGCGUUAACUUUGUUAUUCUUUUAUAAUUGAUUUGGCUUAUAGUUAACCACACUUGUGAGAUUUUGUAAUUUUGUGUGAUAAAACAAGUGUUACUUAAGUUGCUUAACUUAAUUUGUACCUCUGUUUAUAACAUUUUCAUUUUAUUUUUUAUUUUUUUAAAUUGAGAAUGUUAAAAUAGAGUGUCAUAUUUAUUAUUUUUUAUACAUGUUCGAACAUUUGAAUAUUUUGCAUUUUCAUUUUUUGUUUUUAAUCAUAGCCUGGGUGGCAAACGACAUGAUUAUUUCCAUUAUACAUCAAGAAAUUGAUUCUUUUCUGUUGAUUUAAUCUUUUCAUUUUUACAAACACGGUUUUUAUAAGUUGAAGUUGUUGAAAAUAUGAAAUUUUAUUGGCAAAUCAACAAAAAAAGUUAAAUUUAAAUUUUUUUUGGAAAUGAAACAACUACCCUACAAGAAAGACAUUUAUUUCGGAUACCAUUUAUUUUUCACUAAAGGUAAACUUUUCUGUGACAAUAUUUACUUACCAGCUAUAGCUUUACUGACAAUCAGAUACUGUAAUAAAGUGAGAAAAUGAACAA